AUGAGUCUUAACGAGCACGACGCCGCAUUGUCAGGGCUCAUGGGCGUGGAGGUGACGCCGCCACCUGCCCCAUUGGUGAGGGCCUUAGGUCCACAUCAAGCUGAGGUUGUGGUGAAGCGGAACCAAUCAAAAUACGAUUUUGUCAAGGUGCGCGUAUGGGUCGAGGACCAUGUCUACGUGCUGUCGCGUUACUUAUUGUGUCGUGCGCUGGUUAGCGCUAAAAUAAAAUCAAGAGACGCUGUGCAGAUUUCGUUAGAUUUAAAGAGGACACUGGUCGAUCUAAAUCUUACAGAUAUCGUGCAGGAGCAAUUUGAAGACUUUUUAUAUAAGACAUUGCUGGUGUUUGGAUAUGGGGAACAGCAGAUUUCUUGCCAUAGAAUGAUGUCUAGUUUCCACCGCAAUCGUGUUCCACUAUUGAUCAUGCUCGCGGGUACAGCCUGCAUUGGGAAAUCUACUCUAGCAACUAAGUUGGCAGAUCGGCUGAAUUUAUCGAGCGUGCUUCAGACUGAUAUCAUUUUUGAGCUUAUGUGCAAUUUUUCAGGGCAAGAUAAAACGUGUUAUAUAACGACAAGAUUUCCGUCCUCGGAUGAUCUCAUUACUGCAUAUCAGAAAGAGUGCGAAGUGGUUCGGAAGGGAGUUACUUCUGACAUUGACAAAUGUCUUAAGGAUGGCAAAUCGUUGAUUAUUGAAGGUUUCCACGUUGACCCCCGUCUAUAUCAAAAGACCAUUGCCAUCGCACCGAAUCAGGACAACAACACAGGUUGCUCUGGUAUUGUAGUGCCAUUUCUGCUGACGCUGGACGAAGCUGACCACCGUGACUUCAUGACAAACUCUCCUGAUCCGCGAUAUCGCGGAGACCAAAAUGCAGUUGGCUUUCGGAACUUACAGGAUGUGCAAAAGUAUUUAAUCUCGCAUACGCAUGAGGACGGGAUGCUUCCGUUUACUGAAAUUAGCAUUAAUCUUCAUUCCUUCCACGACACAUUAAACCAACUUCACGAUGUUGUACUCAAGCGUAUUGAGGAAGUUUUUAUGAGCAGCAAGACAGGUGAAGCUAAGUAA